UUUUCAUUGUCUCACCAUUCCAUCUUGCGUUAACUCAAAGUUUAAAGCAACACAAAAGAUCAUGACCCGUUUUCUCGGCUGCAACAACAAUCUUGUGAUCAUCAUGUCUUCCAUACUCUUCUUCUUCUUCUUCUUCUUCAUCGGAGCUCCGGCAGCGGUGGCCGGAGUUGAGAACCCUUUGGUUGAACUAUCCGGCAGAGAUGAGUUGGUGAGAAUAGCUGGAUAUGGAGAGGAGAAGCUCUCCACCGUCCUCGUCUCUGGCACAGUUCUUUGUGAGGCUUGUUUCGAUGAAAAAGCUCGAACGGAUCCACGCCCCGUGUCAGGUGCAUUGGUGGCUGUCUCAUGCUACACAAGUGAGAAAACAACCAAAUCAAAUUGGGUAGAAAGCAAAACAGAUGAAUUUGGAGACUUCCUCAUAGAUCUUCCUUCCCACCUCCAUGCAAUUCCAAACUUGGACAAAAGAUGUCUGGUGAAAGUUCUACAACUACCAAAGAACUCACUCUGCCACCCAAAUUUUACCGGGAAACAAACAGGAUUGAAAUUGUCAUCAGUUGGGAAUGGCAUCCGCACUUACGCAGCUGAAAAUUUACAUUUGACUCCAAAAUCUUCUUCACACACCAACAAAAUAAACUGAUUUUUUCCCCCUAAAAGCCUAUUGAGAGGAGAUUGAGAAAUGGCCGUGGCUCAAUGGAUCGAUGGCGCUUUCAGUCACAGCAUUUGAGCUUAUGGGUAUGACCGGCCUUCUCUAUUAGUCCUGUAAAAAACAUGUAAAGACAAGGAGAAGCCAUGUAAAUCAAUAAAUCAUAAUGUUUUGUUUUUUUGUUUUUGGGUUUAAGUUUCUGAGUGAUGAGUACCGGUGUAAGUAGUUCAACAACAUUGUAAUUCCGUAUGCGUAUCAAAAAAUAUAUAUGUGUGUGUGUGGUGUGCCAAGUGAGUCUUCAUUGAAUCCAAGACUGUUAAAAUGGCAAACAAUGGGUAACAAGAAUUUAAGAAUUCAA